UAAAUUAACUCAAAGUCACUUCUCAUAUCCACCCAACAAUUUCACUACUAACUUUAAAAGUCCUUUAGUUUUCCUAUUUUCAUCCAUAAUCUCGCAUUUUGAUUAAAACACAGCCCAUUUUUCUCAUUCGCAAGCCGCUUUACAAGCACCUUUUCACAUAACGAAACCAAUGGAGAAGCUACAAAAGAUGAUCUCUGAGAAGUCAGUAGUGAUUUUUAGCAAGAACUCGUGUUGCAUGUCUCACACAAUCAAAACUCUAUUCUUAGACUUUGGAGUGAACCCAACGAUCUAUGAGCUAGACGAGAUCAACAGAGGAAAGGAAAUAGAGCAAGCAUUGGCUCAGCUUGGCUGCAGCCCCACUGUGCCGGUGGUGUUCAUAGGAGGGCAGCUCGUUGGUGGAGCCAAUCAAGUCAUGAGUCUCCAUCUCAAUCGUUCUCUCGUUCCGAUGCUUAAACGCGUUGGUGCUUUAUGGCUUUGAUAAAAUGAAAAAGCAUACUUACGUAUGGAACGUAGCUUGCUGAUAUUAGUAAUAAUAAUGUAAUUAAUGAAUCUAAUCAAAGAUGACAAAAAAAUAAAAACAUACUUGUAUGAAUGUUUUUUCUAUCUAAGUUUUGAAAGGAUAGAUUAUGAGCUUGAAAAAUUUAGUUCCGAAAAAGAAUAGAUUAUGAGCUCCCUGUUUU